CUAAACGCGUCAUUAUAUUUCGCGGGAUUUUUAUUCUUUCGGAGUUUUAGUCUCGGUGGUCUGGUUGUUACCCUUCGUUGGUUUUUCUUCUUCGUUUUCACAUUUCUCCGACGUCGAUCUUUGUCCAUCUUUCACCUUCGCUCAGAAGACAAGUGAGUGUAACCCCAAACAUCUGCGGAUCGUAUCUGUUAAGGUUGCAAGUGGCAAUAUUUGUGUUUUAAAGGGCUUUCUCUCGAACUAGAAGCAAAACAAAACAUGUCGGAGCAGUCCACCAUCUCGUUCCAGCGACGCAAGACACGGUCACAAACCAAAUCUGAAAAGUCACCAGCGAGAAUAUCAAAGAAAAAGGACAACAAAGUGACAGAGGGCUUGCCGAUUCACCGAAAACGACAUCAACAGAAAGAUAAAGAGUGUAAAGAAUCUCAAUCCUGUCCUUCAACUCCAAAAUGCAGCCCUAGGAAAAUAAAAAAGGAGAAUAUACCAGUCAGUGAAUGUCAGUUAAAGGAAUUCACUGUUAAAUUGAAUAACAUUGGUAGCAGAUCACCAGUCAAAGUUCCCUGCAAUUCACCGGUGAAAACUAUUAAUCAUCAUGUGGCUGUCAAGAAAUUACAAUCAGAGAAUCUACAAAAUGUGCAGGAUGUUUCUGUAAAGUCUAUUUCCUGUUCUUCACCAGUACGUGAUCAGAUUAACACAAAGUGUGUGAAGUCACCACCACCUUGUACAAAACAGCUGCAGACACCGUCUCACCUGCAAUCGCCAUCUCAACAAAAGCAAACUCCAUUGAAACUAAUGAGACAGGAAGGUGAAUGUUACAAUAAAGUAAAGAGAGCUCUCCAUGCAUCAAUGCCUGAAAACCUGCUGUGCAGAGAGAAAGAGACUGUGGCAAUAACAAAUUUUCUUCGUACACAUGUUGGUAAAAGUAAACCAGGAAGUCUGUACAUUUCAGGUGCGCCUGGUACUGGAAAAACUGCAUCAUUAAUGCAAAUUAUUUCAAAUAAUAAGAGUGAAAUGGAAAAUACCAAAGUGAUUUUUGUGAAUUGUAUGUCUUUACAACACAGUAAUGCUAUAUAUAGGAAAGUCAUAUCAGAACUUACUCAUUCAUCACAAAAAUGUAGUUCUAAAGAUUCUGCCAAAUAUCUUGAGAAGAAAUUAACAUCUCCUGGCAAGACUGUGCUUCUUAUCUUGGAUGAAAUAGAUCAACUUGACAGUAGAAACCAGGAAGUACUCUACACUAUGUUUGAAUGGCCAUCAUUGCCCAAGUCCAGACUUGUAUUGAUUGGUAUUGCCAACGCUCUAGAUUUGACUGACAGAAUCCUUCCAAGACUAGAGGCAAGACCUAAAUGUAAACCACAGUUGUUGAAUUUUUCUCCUUACAGUAAAGAUCAGAUUGUUACCAUUCUAACAGACAGGUUAAAUAAAACAAAAAUUGACGGUGCUCCAGUUGUUGAUCCAGCUGCAAUUCAGUUUUGUGCAAGGAAGGUGGCUGCCGUUGCUGGCGAUAUGAGAAAAGCACUGGAUAUAUGCAGGAGAGCAGUGGAAGUGGUCGAGAGUGAUGUGAGAAGUCAGUUUAUAUUGCAACCAUCAAGUCAAGCGUCUGUGACUCAGAGCCAGAGGAAAACCAGUCCCAAACCUGGAAUCCCAAAGAAAGUUGGCUUAUUACACAUAUCAAGCGUUAUAUCGGAUGUUUACGGAUCAAAAAUGGUCUCCUCAAAUAAACAACAACAAACAUUUCCAGUACAACAGAAGUUAAUCAUCUGUACGUUACUAUUAAUGGUAAAACAGGGAAAAGUCAAAGAAAUCACACUUGGAAAGCUUCAUGAAUCAUAUUGCAAAGUGUGUCAGAGUCGACAAGUUGGUUCAGUUGAUCGGUCAGAGUUCCUAUCACUUUGCUCCUUGAUAGAAUCCAGGGGAAUCAUUGGUUUGAAGAAAGGCAAGGACAGUAUCAUGACCAAAAUAUCAUUAAAGUUGGAAGAAAAGGAGGUGGAAUUUGCACUACAAGAUAAAGUCCUAAUGUCAUCAAUUUUACAAGCAGGGUUGCCAAGCAAGAAAUAAAACUACAUUGACUGCCUGUCAUUCUCUAAGGGCAACAAUCAGUACUAUUUGCAAUGCGACGUUUGCAUAUUUUAAACUAUGUUAUUGUAAUUUAUUUUAAUGUAAUUUUGAUUUUAAUUGAUUCGUGUAAAGAAUAUUUUAAUUGUGUACAUUUAGUUGUACAUUCUGAUUUGCGCAAUAAUUGUAUUUCUAAUGUUUUUACCAAUUUUAAUAAAAUCAAAUAAUCAUUUUUAAUA